AUGUCAGGCAAGGGAGUCCUUCAUCACUCGGCUAUGAACGACCGUGAUGCUAUUAUGAGUACUUGCUUGCAUCGCAGUGGCCGGACACUCAACAUAGACCAGAUAGACCACUCGGGCCGCAGCGAAUUGCACUAUGUUUCAAGACUAGGCAACCUCAAUAGCUACCGAAUGCUCAUUGAAGGAGGUGCCAGCCUCAUACUGAAGGAACGUCUAGGUAGGACAUCUCUUCAGGAUGCUGCAGAUUCAGGCUUCAAGGAUUACCUAUGCUACUACUGCAAAGCGGCCGAGUCGAUCCAAAUCAGCGAGGCAUAG